AUGAACGAGAAUCCUAGUAUAAGAUACUACCUUCCCUCUCAUCAUCCAGCAGUAGGCCCACUAUCCGUGCCGCAUCGACCUGGUCUCUCCCCCACUGACUCGUCCUCGAGUGGAUGGAGGGACGCACUCGGUGUCGGAUCUCGCAUCGAUACUUCCAAUGAAGACCACCUCUGCAAGAUACUGGCAUUCAUGGUACAGGAAGAAUUAGACAUGUAUAAAAGAGUGAACCCAAAUUGGCCUGAGCCGUCUUCACCGGCGCGACCACCAUCUACUCUUCUUAUUACCGAUCGUACAAUGGACAUGAUGGCUCCCUUUGUUCAUGAAUUUACCUACCAAGCUAUGGCCAACGACCUCUUACCUAUUGUCAACGGAACCAAAUUCAGAUAUGAAUUCCAAAACGCAAGCGGUGCGACUCAGACUCAGGUGGCAACUUUAUCAGAAGCGGAUACAUUAUGGGUCACAACACGGCACCAGCACAUCAAAGAAGCGAUCGAUAAAGUCAUCUCUAACUUGAAAGAUUUCCAAGAGCAAAACGGAGUGUUCACAAAAUCUGGCACGACCUCUAUCGAAGAUGUCAAAGACAUGCUGGCUGGCCUUUCUAUAUACCAAGAAGGACAGCAACAGUGCAUGGAUAUGUUCGUCGACCCGACCAAGAAACUAGCAGCUAUGGCUACCAUUGAACAAAACUGUGCCACAGGUGUCACUCCAGAGGGUAAAGCGCCGAAAACGUUGGUAGAGGAAAUGGUACCUUUAUUGGCUGAUAGCGGAGUAGGAAACCUGGAUAAAGUACGCGUGAUUGCGUUGUACAUCAUGUACCGUGAUGGUGUUCCGGAAGAGGAUCGAAGAAGGUUAUAUGAGCAUUCCAAACUAAGUCGACAAGAACGUGCCGCCGUGGACAAUCUGGCAGUAGGAGAUCGUGAUACCAGGAAGAAGUUGAAAAAUCGGUUUGUUGAAUCUGAUUAUGAUUUGUCACGUUUCCGUCCCUUGCUUAAAACCGUGUUGGAGGAUUUGGUGGCAAACAAGCUCGAUACAAGCGUGUUUCCGCUCGUUAAAGAUCCUUCGAGAGGAGGUCAGGCAAGUCCAACCACUGCAACUCCCAACGUACCAGCGCCGGCUGUCACAUCAUUAAGAAACAAACCCGUCUGGACUAAGCCGGGAGCCCGAGUCGCCGGCGGAGGCCGUGGGCAAGAGAAUAGAGGACGAAUAUUUGUCUUUGUUGCGGGCGGUAUGACUUAUUCGGAAAUGCGCUCAGCCUAUGAGCUAUCAACAGCGCUCAACAAAGAAGUGUACAUUGAGUUUAUUGGUGAUCUGGAAACUCUUGACGCUGGCGGUCAAGGAUCUGCGUCUAUUCCAGGUGGACUUCCAGAUUCAGGCUCUAAUCAACAGCGAUCAUUCCAAACUUAUUAUGACCAGAAAUAUAUGACGAAAGAUGAGCCUCCGCCGCCUCCCAAACAGAACCUUGCUCCACCAGGCAAUGCAAAUGGCCUACCGGCAAGACCGGGAUUGUCAGCUGCGA